AUGUCAUAUCCGCUCAGUGACGUGAUCGUUUCGAGAAGUCAAUGUCAAGUGAAUAUCUUUCAAGCGUACCAUUAUCCAAUUCAGUUCUCCAUCAUCUACGCCGCUGAACGACAACACACUCUUUCCGAUAUAUUCGAAAUAUUUAAACAAAAACAACCAGCCAGAACGCUACACGAAGGUUCAAUACAGACAACAACAACAACACGAAAAGAAAGAAAGAAAGAGAAAAGACUUCUUCAUGUGUCUAUGAAUUUGCAUGUCGCGGUCGUUGUGCUUUUGGCAAAUGUUAUGCAAGUUGAUGAAUGA